GUGCACUUAUCAAACCAACAAUUAGUUCUUUUUAAUACGCGUUCAAAUCCAAGUGAAAUUUUAUCAACAGCUAUGCACACAAAACUCACGAGAUUCUUUGAAAGGCCUGGCACUGUUGAAAAAGAAGUGGAAACAAAUGUCACCUAUUCAAUAUUCAAACAAGCUGCGCAACAAUUAGAUCUUUUAGAAACAGGUGUCAGAGAUUUGUGGGAUGCUUACUUGCUGGCUCUAACAGAAGAUUUCAUAUAUGCCGCACAACAGCUUGGCCAAAACGCCACACCAGAGGAUCCUUUAAUAAUAAGCCGUGCUUUACUUAAAAUUGAAGAUCACAUUAGACAAUGUGGAAAGAGCCUUGAAGACUUUUCUAAAUUACUUGCCAUACAUUAUGAUUUAUUGGAUUGUAAUAAACAAACACAGCUUUUUAUAGAAGAGACAACUUUUCCACAGGACAAAUUGCAGCAGAUUCUUGAAGGUCGGCUACAGGAACUAAUUAACUAUGGCCUACAAACAAGAUGGAAUGAUCGUCAAUAUCUUUUAGAACAUGCAAUUUUGACAACCAAAAAUCAAGGAGUUGCUGAAAUCAAUAAUUUGAUCUUAUCUGAUUUUUCUGAUGAGGAAAAGACUUAUUGCUCCACAGACUCUGUUGGAGAUGCUGAGAGUAUUAAUAAUAAUUUAUAUCCUCCGGAGUUUCUUAAUACACUUUCUCCAAAUAGUAUACCUUCUCACAAAUUAAAUCUUAAAAAAGGUGUACCUAUUAUAUUACUUCGCAAUCUAAACGCAAAAAAAGGUUUGUACAAUGGGACACACCUAAUCAUUCGAGACUUUCAACAACAUGUACUUGAUACUAAAGUUGUUACAGGUUCAUGUUCAGGAUUAUGUGUUUUUAUUUCACGUAUAGUUCUUGAGCCAUCUGAUACAGAACUUCCAUUCAAGCUCUAUCGACGUCAAUUUCCAAUUAAGUUGGCCUUUGCUUUAACAAUAAAUAAAGCGCAGGGCCAAACUAUUCCAAACCUUGGGCUUUACUUUCCAGAGCCAGUAUUUACUUAUAGACAAUUGUAUGUAGCUCUUUCCCGA